CAAACUGCCCGGAAGCUAAGGAGAUCUCAGAACAUGACUGCCCAAGGAGAAGGCGGCGGCGCCCCACCAGCUUGUGCGGCCUGCAAACACCAAAGAAAAAGAUGUUCGCCGGAUUGCGCCUUGGCACCGUACUUCCCGGCCAGUCAGCCCAAAACUUUCCUCAACGUGCACCGCCUCUUCGGCAUCAGAAACGUCAUGAAAACCCUGAAACAGGUAGACGAGGACGACGACAAGAAGAGCGACGCCAUGAAAUCCAUCAUUUUUGAGGCCGAAAUGCGGGACCGGUUCCCCGUUCUUGGGUGUGUGGAAUAUAUUUGGUAUCUGAAUCAGUGUCUCAAGGAAGCGGAAGAUGAACUCGUACAAGUGCUGGCACAGCUCAGAUACUACCAGAAUGUAUCGAUAAUGUCAGGUAAUGAUAUUGUUGGACGAGUUUUUGGUUCUGAUGAAGAAACGUAUGAUGAUGAGGAGGAGGAUCAUGAUUCUCCUCCAUAUUCUUCAUUGUAUGUCAAUAACCAUAAUGCUAUGUUAGACUACUCUAGUGUACUUUCAAAUGAAUCAAAUCCCACCAUAGAAACAUACUCGCCGUAUGACUAAAAGAAUGCAUGUAAACAACUCGUAGGAGUUAAUGUCAAAUUACGAAGCGUAGCUUAGUAAAACAUUUAUCAAAGUAGUUCUUAUGUUU